CAUCGCCAGGGCCAAAAUAUGAGGCACGUCUCACUGCCACUGGAAGACUUGAAAGUCUGGGCGCAUUUCAACGAUGUCCAGCUCUUCGAGACAUCAAUCGAGCCUCAUAUCGUCAGAGAGGAUGGCAAUGACAAAGGCGGUGGUCUGCUCGCGACUGGCGAACACGGUCCAGGACAACCUCUUGUUGCGGUUCCACACGAGCUGGUGCUAUCGAAAGAGCGAGUCGAGCAAUAUGCAAAAGCAGACCAGAGCUUAAAGGAGCUCGUUGAGGCAGCAGCUUCCUUAGUCCAGGUAGGCCCCAGGCAACAGCGUGUCUAAAACCACGGCCAGGUAGGUCGAUAAACAACACACUGACUCCUCGACCGGAAUUUCAGAGUCCCCGAACGACGGUGCUACUGUUUCUCAUCUAUCAGAUGACAAUCAACAACUCCAGCUCCCACGGCCAUGGACUGGGAUUCAAUAAUCCUUUCGCCGGCUAUGUCAAAAUGUUGCCAGACGCAAUCCCGCUGCCGACGUUCUACACGGCCGAGGAAAGGGAAUUACUGAUCGGUACAUCCCUGUCAGAGGCCCUGGAGCAGAAAGUAAUCAGUCUGGAGCGGGAAUUUGAUAGUCUAAAAGCUGCGACUGCAAAGAUCCCCUGGUGCCAAGAGAUUUGGUGGAGCGAAAGCGCAGAUUGCUUGACCUUUGAAGAUUGGAAACUUGCAGAUGCAAUGUACCGCUCUCGUGCGCUGGAGCUGCCCCAAGGCGUUGGCGUUGGCAUGGUCCCUGUCAUCGACAUGGCGAAUCAUGCCUCUGACGACCGUUACAACGCCAGGUUCGAGGUAGACGAAGACUCGGGAUCCGUAUUGCUCGUCGUACGAGAUGACAGGAUCGUCCACAAAGGAGACGAGAUUACCAUCAUGUACGGCUGCGGCGGUGCAUGCGAGAUGAUCUUUUCAUACGGGUUCCUGGAAGAGCACGCGAGCAGUGCCAGGGAGAUCUUCCUAAGUUUGUCCAUCCCAUCCGACGACCCUCUACGACUGGCCAAGGUCCGGUUCGCGCAAGAAGCGCCGGGGGUCCGCAUCUAUGUGGAUGACUCAGAUCAGGUACGCUGGGAGAGUACCUUUGUCUGGUGGGCAUGCAUCAAUGAGGAAGACGGUCUAGAUUUUCGAGUGGAGCAGACUAUCGACGGAGGUACGGAGCUGAAGGCCUUAUGGAAGGACAAUGCGCUCGCCUCAGACACAUCGUUGCAGUCGAUCUUGCUCGCAGAUCGCCUCCGAGACAUAUUCGUCCUGCGGGCGGUCGUCACAAUCCAAGCAAGGAUCGAAGAACAAGGAUCACGCCUCGCUGGACAUGAAGAGCAAUAUAACAACACUGUCUGCAGUGAUCAAGUCAGAGAUUCGGUAUAUGGGGCUAUCGGGAAACUUCGGAGCCUGGAAAUGGAGCUCCUGACCAGGGCCUAUCAGACCCUUGAGGAAGAGAAAGCACAACUCCUGGAAUCUACCAUCGUCCAUGACUUCUUGGCACAGGUUCAAGGCGGCACGGAAUCUCCAGGUCGAACCCCAGACGAUUUUUCGUGAAAGAGAAAAAAAACUCGUGGCACUAGAUGCGAGAUGGCUCAAGAUUCCAACCAAAGCAAUGCUCAUCCAGUCUUCCAGAUUACAGCGGAUCAGCUCGGAAGUGCAUGCUUGAGUGGUGUGAGCUGCCAAAUCACAUUACAAGGUCGAGGCGCUUCUGCACUGGGGUGGGCUGACGCAACCUACCUGUAGCUUCAGACUUCCCAGACAAAACUUAACGCUCGCCCCUCCUUGUCUUUCGAAAUGAGCGGAUCAAAGCGAUUCGUAGGGACUGUGGCUCAAUCUGGGGUUUUUCCGCAGGCUUCCGUUCGUCCAUGGGCCACCUGCAAGACUCCUUCAGUCGACACCGCUCCGACACCAAGCCAUCAUACGUUCAAUUCGAGCUGAAAAAGAAAGCUCUCUGCUGGUAGAAAAAGGUGCAAACAUUCACCAAGGCAGAAGCAAGAAGCCCAGCCUGUAUUCAGCAGUCAGAUCAUCACUGCCGUUGCCACCUCUUCUGAAUUGCAUAAUGGGGGGACUCGAGCGGUUCCGCUAGACCAACGGCAAGACUGGGGGGAUUCUAAGCGAACGAGACAGGAGCGUUGAUAGUUCGAUUCGACCCAAGUUGCAGAUAAGUUUUGAGUGGUCAAGGUCGAUCGCAUGAUGUUGAGAAAAGGCACCCGUCUGGGCGGCCAUUGCUCGGGUGGAUGGAAGCAGAGGCGGCCACUGCGCUGUGAUUGGACCCCAAGCCAUCUGACUGAGGUAGCUGCGUCGGAAAGGUCGAUUCGAAAACGCUAUUAUUGGACCUUCUGCCCUUCUGCCGAUCUUGUUCUUGCCCUCGUUGGUGCCCAUCUAAAAGCUGCGGGGAAAUGGAACCGGGCUGGGAAAAGAAGGGACGGGACAGGUUACGAGAAGAGAAGAGAAGAGAGAGCUUGAAUUGAGGUGAUGAAGCUGGUUGACCACCAAGUACCGAGUAGAUGGCUUACCUAGUCUUCUGGGAUGAGCCCACUUGAUGAAAAGCUCAACGGGAUAGCCGGUGCUGGGCCUUCCACACUAGGCCCUGUAGGGGUUGCCCAGGGGCCCUUAGCCCUCU